AUGGGCGCGAGCGUCUCCUGGCUCUCCAGCCUGCUGUGGGCCAAGAAGGAAAUCAGAAUCUUGAUUCUCGGCCUCGAUAAUGCCGGCAAGACCACUCUACUAUACAGGCUCAAGGUUGGCGAAGUUGUCACAACAAUACCCACCAUCGGGUUCAACGUCGAGUCCGUGUCGUACAAGAACCUCAACUUCAAUGUUUGGGACUUGGGAGGCCAGACAAGCAUCCGGCCGUACUGGCGGUGCUACUACGCCAACACAGCCGCCGUCAUCUUCGUCGUCGACUCGACCGACAUCGAACGACUACAGACGGCAGCCGAGGAGCUGGCCGCCAUGCUGAACGAGGAGGAGCUCAAGGAUGCGGCGCUGCUGGUCUUUGCCAACAAGCAGGACCAGCCCGGCGCCAAGGGCGCGGGCGAGAUCUCCGAAGUGCUGCGCCUGGGCGAGCUCCGGGACCGCAACUGGAGCAUCAUGGCCUGCUCGGCCGUCGACGGCAGCGGUGUGAAUGAAGGCAUGGACUGGCUUGUGCAAACUGUAUCGCAGGAAUAG